CUGGUCGACCAGACUUCCGGAGGCCUCAGGGAGAACGACCACGACCUGCUCUUCGAUGAGGACCUCAAUCAUCUCAAGCACGCCAACGCCAUCAGGGACAUGUCCGAGAAGACGGGACUGAACAUCAUUCUCGGGUGUGGCUGGUAUCGCGAGACCUAUUACGAGCAGCGCCUCUGGCGGAUGCGCACAGAUGACAUUGCCGACGAGAUUGUCAAAGACGUCAGUGUGGGAAUUGACGGUACAGACGUGCGGGCGGGCUUCAUCGGAGAGAUCGGCGCGCACUUCAACUGGUUGUCGGCGAUCGAAGAGCGAGUACUCCGAGCGGCUGCCCGGGCACAGGUCGAGACAGGAGUCGCGCUCGGAACGCACGCUACUCGAGGUCCGCAGGGCCUAGACCAACUGGACGUACUCGAGCAGGAGGGCGUGGACCUCAGCCGCGUUGUAGUCGCCCACUCAGGCGGCUAUCCGCGGCACAAGUACCAUGCGGAGAUCGCUCGUAGGGGGGCGUACAUAUCAUUCGACCGGAUGGGCAGCCUGAAGACCGGAAACGACUACGAGCGGAACCGGACGCUAGGCCUGAUCAAGUGGGCUAUAGAUGAGGGGCUGAUCAGAAACCUGUCUUCUCGCACGACGUCUGCUACAACACCGACUACACAAUCUAUGGCGGGGGCGGCUACGACUUUCUGUCCACCCAGGGACUCGCAGUCCUCAGCGAAGAGAUAG